AUGGAAAUCACAUUAGCUCAAAUCUUUUUUCAAUUUCUUACAAGAUUUCAUUUUUUUUUCCUUUUUUUGGUAAUAAAAGGUGGGGGAGAUGUGGGUGUGAGGAAAUUCGGGGCAGAGAUUAGGCCAAACCGAAGAGCUUUAAGCGUGAUUAAUCGCAAUUUAGGCGCCGUUAAUCCCUACCCUUGUGUUGUUAACAAGAGGGGCUACACAGAAUCGAAUGCGGGUUGCGAUAAGAAAGGUCCCGUGCAAGCGCAUAGGCCGAUCACAAGGUCAGAUUUUUGGACUGUGUGUAUCGAUGUUUCGAAAUUUCGAAUUCAGGAAUCAAAGAAAGCAAAAACAUCAUCAUCAUCAUCAGCCACAGAGUUCACUGUGUGGGAGGAUAUUCCUCUUAUAGAUGCAGAGGAAAAUCAUGAGGCAGCUAAAGACCAGCCUGUGCCCAUGUCCUUAGAACAUCCUGAGUUCGAAAUGGCCGACAAAAAUCAAAUGAAGGAGAUUGAGAUGGAGGACAUAUUUGAGGAGACUGUGGCCGAUAUUGAUGGUGGCGACGUUAAGGAUCCGCUUGCUGUUGUUGAAUAUGUCGAGGAUUUAUAUGCUUACUACAAGAAAAUGGAGAGUUGUAGCUGUGUCUCGCCGGGUUAUAUGGCGCAGCAGUUUGACAUAAACGAGCGAAUGAGGGCUAUUCUUGUCGAUUGGCUCAUCGAGGUGCACCACAAAUUCGAACUUCGGGAAGAGACGUUAUUUCUGACCAUAAACUUAAUCGACCGGUUCUUGGCAAAGCAAUCUGUGGUGAGAAAAAAGCUUCAGCUCGUUGGACUUGUGGCGAUGCUUUUGGCGUGCAAGUACGAGGAAGUUUCUGUACCCGUGGUCGAUGAUUUGGUGUUCAUUUCGGACAAAGCCUACUCAAGACAAGAAGUUCUUGAAAUGGAGAGGUUGAUGCUCAACACGUUGCAGUUCAACAUGUCCGUCCCGACUCCUUAUGUUUUCAUGAGAAGGUUCCUCAAGGCUGCUCAAUCUGAUAAGAAGCUCGAGCUACUGUCCUUUUUCUUGAUCGAGCUUUGUCUGGUGGAAUACGAGAUGCUCAAGUACCCGCCGUCCUUUCUUGCUGCUGUUGCGAUAUGCACAGCUCAAUCUACAAUCUACGGUGUCGGUCAAUGGAGCAAGACUUGCGAGUGGCACACGGGUUACUCGGAAGAUCAACUAUUGGAGUGCUCGAGAUUGGUUGUUGGGUUCCAUGAGAAUGCGGCCACCGGAAAAUUGACCGGAGUUCACAGGAAGUACAAUACGUCGAAAUUUGGAUACGCAGCGAGAUGCGAGCCGGCUCGUUUUCUUGCACAAACAGCACCACCACCACAAUAG